AUGCAGGACUCAUAUUCCUCGAUAUUCGGGAUCACCAGGUCACAUCCCUUAGUAGCAGCGAAAACACACAUGGACACUGUUAGCGGUGGCAAAAAACCAACGACAUCGUCCCACGUGGACGUCCACGUCGCAGUCUCUCCUGAAGAGCCUCUCCGGUUGGUCUUCAACCGACUCUUCCAGUCGCACCUGCCCGACUGCUGCUUGCCGUGCGAUACACGUCACGUGCAGCAGGGAGCAGCCACCACUGCUGUGGACGCCGCUGGGGAGAGUGAUUCGGCGCGUGGGACGCAGCAGCCGGUCCGGUUCCUGGUGCUAGGGCAGGUGGUGUACCUCUCGCCUGACUCCACUGUGGCGCAAGCUAAGCUCAAGUCUGGUUCGAGCAUCCGAGUGCUUCCUGUGAAGAUCAAGGACAGCACCGUGCAUGGGGGUGGAGAGGGGAAGAGCAAGGACGGAGCAGUGACGAGGCCACGUGGGAUCGACUACAGCAAGUGGGACGCCAUCGGCUCUAGCAGCGACGAGGACGAGGAGGAGGAGGAGCAGGCGCACAACGUGCACGAGCGUAGGGGGGCGCUGAACACACACACGUCAGGGGGCGGCGCUGGCUCAAAGCCAGCAAAGGCGCCGAGUCUUCUUGCGGGGACUUGUGGGGCGGGCCUUUCAGAACUCAAGGAGGUGAUUUGGCGUGCUCACCAGGACGUGGUGAGACGCUAUGGUUUCCCAGACGUGGUGGUCAGUAAGGCCCACAAGGCGUCUGGAGGGGAAGGCCGGGGAUCAGGGAGAGCGAGGGGUAAGGACGUACCUGGGAAGCUUCAGCUGGUGAGUCGGGAGGACAUGGUUCACUAUUUGGACGUGAGGGGCGGGUGGGAUCUGAAGGAGUGCGAGUGCUGCUUCCAACGCUCUCUCACCCUGGGAGCAGAGCGCGAUGUGACCAUGCAGAGCCUCACGUUCGCGCGAGCGCUCCUGCAGAAGCAGCUGCCGGGCGCCACGCCCUUUGUGCCACGCCCCGAUGCAGUGGACGCGGGCGUGGUGGCGUUCUCCGCGGGCGUGCAGGCGUUUGGAGAGCAAGGCGAGCGCGCAUCGCUGGCGUCGCCCCAUUCGCAGUUCUCCUGCAAGUAUGCUCUCGCGCCCUUCGUCUGUGUGGAAGGCAUGCUGCUCGAGUGGCUGGCUGAGCCGCCGCUAGCAGGGCAGCUGGGGGCGGGCCGACAGGUGGAGGAGGACUGUGCUGCCUCCGUGCUGGUGCAGGUGCUGGGGGUGAAGGAGAGCGCUGAUUUGAAGGAAGGGUUUGGGUUCUUCGUGCAGCAUGUGCUGUCAGGCGGGGUGGAGAAGGCGCAUGCGGCGGGGAAGGGGGGUGGGGGAGCUGGGCGGAAGACUGCUGGGAAGGCGGAGGGGAAGGGGGGUGGGGGAGCUGGGAAGCGUGCGGGGCUGAUGAGACCGUCGGGGCAAAGCGGGAAGAUGGAGCAAGCAAUGGGUGCUGUGAUGCGGAUAGUGCAGAUGGGCGAUUGCAAGGGGCCGGAGGACUGGUUGCCAGUCAUGGAGGAGUAUGGAGUGGAUUUAGCAGAUGUGGCACACCUGGGACAGAUGCUCGGGGGCGGUGGUGCGGGGGCCAUGGGCAUGGCUCUGCCUUCUGACCUGAAGGGAAAGGAAGGGGUGGGUGGGAAGGAAGGGGUGGGUGGUGGUGAUCGGAAGGGUGGGGAAUGGAGGGAGAAUUUGAAGGGGCGUGAUCGGGAGAGCCACUGCAGUGAGGGGGAUAGCAGCAGCAGCAGCAGCAGUGUGAGCAAUGCUGUGGAAGGCAGGGAUGUUCCCAGGGGCAUGUAUGUGAGUGGCGUGGGUGCCACUGACUUCGCCCUGGCCGUCGCCUCUGUGUUCUCCACACCAGAGCACCGCAAGCUGGGAGCCAUGUUCUUUGCAACGUCUCAGAGCGCGACCAGCAGCACUGUGCAGGAUGCAGCCAUUGAGGAGGCCAGAGAGAGGCUGAGGAAUCGGAAACCGACAAUUGGGAAGUCAGGGAAAGAGGGGAACGAGGGAGGGGCAACAGGAGGAGGAGCGGAAGCAGCAGCAGCAGCUGCACCAGGAAAAGAGCGACUGGCUCCCAGUGCUGCUGCUCUGUCAGCCAGAGCUGGACCUGCUGAUCACAGCAGCGCCUCUGCUGGUGGUUUGAGUGGGACUAGCAGCAUGAGCAGCAGUGGGAUGCUCAGUCGUGGCCUCAUGCCUGUCAACACAGACCCCACCAUUGGGCUGCUCACGUAUCGCGUUGCUUGCAUCUUGCAGUGGCUUCGAAUCUACGGCUCAGAUUUCAUCUCCGCCAAGAUGUGCUUCAAGGAAAGCCCACAGGGAAAGGUCCUGCCCAUGCGCCAUCCGCUUCGGGAUCUUCCGAGCCUGCUGGUCCGGUUCGGCGCUGUUGUCCUGCCACUGGACGGGAGCACCCGCCUCCCGGAGUGGGAGGAGUGGCCUGAGGGGGACGAAGCUGCUAUGAAGUUUCCUGAGGACUCCAGUGCGAGAAGUUUCGGGCUGGGCAGGGCUGAUGGCAGGCAGAGUCGCAGGAACAGCGGGAAUGGGGCAGCGCAGCAGAGCAGCGUUCGGGGACCUCUCACACCUGUCAGACCUCUCACACCCCUCUCUAAGCAAGUGCUGCCGCCUCAGAGCGGGGAGUCCCGCCCUAUAGUCCGGUGCAGGGCACAUGCGGACUUGAUAGUGGAGUUUGCGGGAUUGGUUGUGGAGGCACCAGCAUGCGCGCACUGCAGCAGGUGCAUCACCCUGUUCAUCUCGCACAUCCCCUUGGUCGCUCUCAUUGCCAACUUCGCCUAUCGCCCUGCCGCCGUCCUUCUCGACCGCUUCCUCUGUGUCUACAAGCCGCACUCUGAGGUGUUUCAGAGCCUUCUCGUCCGCCUGGGGAUGGACUCUUCCUUUAACCCUCCCCACAACAGCCGUUCUGGCAAGAGCAGCAGCAGCAGCAGCAGCAGCGUGCGUGCGCUACGGGAGCAGGUGGAGCAGGUGCCGGUUGCCUUUCUGCUCAGCCUGGCGAUGCUCUGCGCCACGCCUCUCCUGCAACAGAGCGGCACGGAAGGCGAGCAGAAUACCAGUGCUGGAGGGGGAAGUUCUGGGGCUAAAGAGAAGGCGGGCGGCAGGAGGGCCGGAAGUGGGAAUUGCGGGGAAGGGAGAGGGGGUAGAAAGGGUGGUGAUGUGGAAGGAGAUUGUGGGGUGGUGUGGGAGGAGGUGCAGUCCUGGUUCAUGGUGACAAUGCUCCCUGCCUCUGGCAUAAGGAGUGGCGGGGCGGGCUGUGGUGGCAGGCAGGCAAGGGAGGAGGAAGUGAGUGCACGGGUGGACGAGGCAACAGAGAUUUACCAGUGCUCUUUGCUGCCCAGAUUCCGUGAAGACAUGAAACACGGGAGUAGGCUUGGUGGUUUUAGCAAGCGGAAGGGCAAGGAGGGGGAGGAGGCGGCUUAUCUGAAGCCCUGGCCGGGGGGAGUCAAUCUGGUGGCGUGUCUGCGAGAGAUGCUGCUGGGGGAGCCCUGCUACCGCCCUGCCUCCCCUGCUGCCUUUUCCGCCCCUGCUGCUCCAACCACUGGCACUGGUGGAAACAAUGCGACCGCAUCUGUUUCAGUUGCAGAAGGCUCGGGUGCUGCUGCUUGUAGUCGGCGUGCGUGCGGUGCUGUGGGGUGUGGGAAGGUGGAGGGUGGUGGUGUGAAGCUGAAGAAUUGCUCUGCGUGUGGCAAGGUGGCCUAUUGCAGCAGAGAGUGCCAGAAGGCGCACUGGCCCUCCCACAAGCUCACAUGCCCCGGCAGGACCAGCGGCAAUGAGAGUGGGACCAACAGUGGCAAGGUGAGUGGCAAGGCGAGUGACAAUGUGAUUGGCAGUACGAUUGGCAUCGUGAGUGCACUUGUCGACUCGCGCCUCUCGACCAUGACGACGCCUUUCGCUCCCUUCCCUGCUCUUCGCCUCGCGCUGGCCCUGCUCCUCGUAUCCUGCGCGCUUCUACCAGCCGAAUCGGAGCGGGUCGGAAAAUCCGGUACUAGUCCGAGGAAACGCGUGGCCCUCACGGUCCCCGCCCACGCGCAACGCAGACAGCAGCUGCAGCAGCAGCAGCAGCAGCCCGCCACCACCGUCGUUCGCGGCGGCCACGGCGGCGCCUCGAUCCUCUCAGCCGUCGGCUUUCCCCUCGUCCGCUCCUCCUCCGCCUCUGACGGCGCCAGCACGAGCGCCAUGAUCACGCCGGCCGGCAGCGCGCCGAUUAAGUACCACGGCGGGCCGGUGGUGGUGGGCGCACCGACGGUGAACAUUUACCACAUCUACUACGGCAGCUGGGGGGCGGGGUCGGGCAAGGACGUGAUCGACGCGUUCGUGGCGGCGCUGAGCAGCGACUCGGGCAGCCAGGGCAGCGCGGCGGACGCGAGUGUGAAGGCGUGGUGGGCCAUCAGCGCCGCGUACUUCCAGAAAGACGCUGCUGGCGGCAAGAAGAACGUCAGCUCCAAGGUUCGCCUUGCGGGAACUGUGAGCGACAACUAUUCACGCGGCAAGAAGCUGACGGACGACGACGUGCUCACCAUUGUGAAGAGCAAGGUGGGGGCGGGCAAACCGUUGCCGCUGGACCCACAGGGCAUCUACGUGGUUCUCACCAGCGCUGACGUCACUCUCGGGGGCUUCUGCUCCGAGUACUGCGGCUGGCACACGCAGGACUCACUCAACUCCACGCCUCUGCGCUUCGCCUUUGUGGGGCACCACGGGCAGUGCCCUGAUGCGUGCGGGGUAAAGAGCACGUCACCCAACGGCAAGCCGGCCAUCGAUGCUACUAUCUCCACGCUCGCGCAUGAGCUCACCGAGGCUGCCACUGACCCGGACACGACCGCGGGGUGGUUUGACGACGACGGCGAGGAGAACGCGGACAAGUGCGGGUGGGACUAUGGGAGCACCAAGACGGGCUCCCUGCAGAACGGGCAGAGCUAUGAGUACAACUUGGUGGGGCUGAACGGCAUGAAGUUUCUGGUGCAGCUCAACUGGGACCGCGUCAAGAGCAAGUGCGUCCUGCAGAACGCCCUCCCCGCUGAUGGUAGCGGCGGCGGCGGGGGCACUCCCUCCCCUCCUCCCCCGCCAACUCCCUGCCCUCCCUCCGCCCCUCCUCCCCCCACUGGAGGCAGUGUGAAGAUGAGGCAGACCAUCUGCAAGGGGUUUCCGUCCCUUGCCAGCGCACCUUCUGCCGCAAGUCGCGGCGUGCACUUCUGCACCUCCAUGGCCCCUGCCCCCGCGCCGUCCGCUAAAACCCUCAACCCCCGGCUCUCCGUCUUAAAGCGCACUCUCUCCAUGGACGCCGGACCCGCCAGCGGCGCCGCAAAGCCCGCCGUACAGUCCGGUCACGCGAAGAAGCCACGGGUGAGGCAGAUCGUGCGAGCAACAGGCGUGGGGCCUGCAGGGAUGGGGACACCCGUCGCCGCCGCCGCCGCCGCCGGUAUCAACGGCGCCGGUACCUCCGGUGCUGCGACUGCUGGGGUUGCCGCGCAGACGAGGCAAGGCAUGCCCAGCGGUGGCGGCGCUGCUGCCGCGAGUGGCGGCGCUGGUGGCGAAGGUGGCCGUGGCGGUAGGAGGGGGAAGCGGAGGCCGCAGCAAACGAGCGCAGGGUUGAGGGAGGGGGCGCAGCCGCAGCAGCAGCAGCAGCAGCAGCAGCAGCACCGCCACCACCACCACCACCAGCAGCAGCAGCAAGCAGCGGUGGUGCAGCCAAUUCGAGAGGUGGAUCUAGAGGCGAUCAAAUCCGUCAUCACUGACGUCAGGUUCGACUCGUUCCCGCUAUCGGCGCAGAUGCUCACGGCGGUGCAGCAGGGUUUUGGGUUCCAGCUGUGCACCAAGGUGCAGGCGGAGACCAUGCUGCCCGUCCUCAACGGCAUGGAUCUGCUGGCCAAGGCCAAGACAGGGAGCGGAAAGACCAUCGCCUUUCUCGUGCCCACAAUCGAUAGGCUCCUGCGCGGCCCCCCCUCGCCGCGCUUCUUCCAGGGCGGAACAGCAGUGCGCGUGCUGGUGCUGGUGCCCGCGCGCGAGCUGGCGGCGCAGGUGCAGGCGGAGGCGCAGCAGCUGCUGCAGGGGCAGGGGGGCGCGGGGAGCGUGGGCGUGCAGGUGGUGUUCGGCGGAACGGCCAUGGGGAAGGAGAUCCGCAGGAUGGAGAAUUCCCCUUGCCAGGUGCUGAUAGCAACGCCAGGGCGGCUGUUGGACCAUCUGAAGAACACGCAAGGCAUGCAGGAGCGCGUGCAAGGCGUGCAGGUGCUGGUACUGGACGAGGCGGAUCGCAUGUUGGACAUGGGCUUUGCCAAGGACCUGCAGGCCAUCAUGGCGUAUCUGCCCUCCGCCCGCCAGACGCUGCUCUUCUCCGCCACCAUGCCCACCCAGGUGCAAGCCAUGUCGAAGCAGGUGCUGAGGCGGGACUUCAAGCAUGUGGACGUGGUGGGAGAGGAGGACGCAGAUACCAACAUCCAGGUGAGGCAGGAGCACCUGGUGGUGCCACUGGAGGAGCAGCUCACAGCCAUGUACACUCUGCUGCUGCAGCACUGCCAGGAGCAGCCCGACUACAAGGUGCUGGUGUUCUCAGUGACAGCCAAGAUGACAGCAUUCUACGCGGCGCUCUUCGCCUCGCUGCUCCCCGGUGCCACGAUCCUCGAGAUCCACUCGCGCAAGUCGCAGGCGCACCGCACGCGCGUGUCAGGGGAGUUCCGCGCGGCCAAGGGGCGGGUGGUCAUGUUCACCAGUGAUGUGUCCGCUCGUGGGGUUGACUACCCUGAUGUUUCCCUCGUGCUGCAGGUGGGUCUGCCCGCGGACCGAGCGCAGUACAUCCACCGUCUGGGGCGCACGGGCAGGGCAGGCAAGGAGGGGCACGGCGUGCUGCUGCUGUCCCCGUGGGAGAAGCCCUUCCUGCCCAGGCUGGUGGGCCUGCCUAUUACCCCGCACAAGCCUCUGGACCCGCUGAGCGCGCAGUACGAGCACAAGCUGAACGAAGCCCUUUCUAUAGUGGAGACGUCAGCCAAGGAGCAAGCAUACGUGGCCUUCCUGGGCUACUACAACUCCAACCUCAGGGUGCUCAAGUGGACGCCACAGAUCCUAGUGGCCACUGGGAACGAGUUUGCGGAGCUGAUGCAGUGCCCCGAGCAGCCAGCCAUUGAACCCAGGUUGCUGGGAAAGAUGGGGCUGAGGAAGGUGGCGGGCAUUCGAGAGGCGGGGCGCGAUCAGAUCAAAGGGUACCAGCAACAGCAGCAGAGGCAGGAGCCGGUGAAGGGCCGAGGGGGGAGGAGGUGGUGA